GCGGCGGCAGCGGCCGCCGGGUUCCCUCCGCUGCCGGCCGCCGCCGCGGCCAGAUUCCCCAGAAUGCCCUUCGGAGGACCGAUGUUCUUCCCUCGGCCGCCGCCGCCGGCGCACGCGCAGUCGUCCCAGCUGCCGCCGUCGUCGUUCGGCCCGCGCAUGCCGGCUCACAGCCGUCGGCCGCCCACACCGGCGCCGGCACACUCGUCGAAAACGACGACGCCGCUGCCGCCGCCGCCCCCGUCGCCGCCGCCGCCGCCCAAACCGCCGUCCUCUGCCGGCUCGUCGGCCGGCCCGGCGCAGGAUCUGGAGGCGGAGAUGCGUGAGAUGGCGGAGCUAGAGGCGCUCGAGAUGGCCUCGUUCGAGGCGGAGGCGGCCGAGGCCGAGGCUCGCUCCACCGCCGACCAGGUAUCGCACGCCAUGGGCAUCCAGCUGCCGAAGGAGCUGCAGAUCACACUGGUUACCAAGGCGACCAAGUCGGGACGCAAACGACCGCCGCCGCCGAAACUGCACCCGAUCCGGCCGGCCGAGCCGCGGGCGGGCGGAGCGGGCGCGGGCGCGGCGCCGGCCCGGUCGUCCGCGCCGCCGCCGCCGCUGCACCCGCUGCAGCCCGGGGUGCCCGUGCCGCCGUGUACGACUGUGGAGGUGGCCCGCACGUGGCGACCAGAGGGACCGCCCGUCUCCGGUCCGAUCGAGACGCUGGCCAACCGGCAGAGAACGCCGCUGGACGCGGCCUCCGGCCCGGGAGAGUCAGGAGCCAAGAAGGCAGGUGCUGAGGUGACUGGGAAGAAACUGGGGGAGGGCGCGGUCAAGAAGGUCGGAGAGGGGGCGGUAAAGAAGUUACCCGAUUUGAAGAAGGUUGGUGAUGUGGCUAAGAAGGCAGACGGACUGGCGACUGCCCGGCCCAAUUCCGAGUCGCGGUUGGCGCCGCCUGUGGACGGUGUGGCUCCUCCGAGCAAGGAGACAAAACUGACUCAGCCGACUCCAAAGCGGCCAGUGGAGGAGAUGCCCGCACCUCCCACAAUAAGUGUAGAACCCCCUCCUGCGAGUCAGGACCAAUCCUCUAGUGGCGUUUUAGCCAAACAGGCUAGUGAUGUGUCGCCGGUAAAAGUGACGAAAGCAGUCGACGACAAGGCUGCUACACCGCAAAAGAGUGACUCUAAGACGAAGAAACCAAGUGAGGUGAAGUCGAGUAGCUCAGGCAUUUCAAAUAGCAGUGUGGGUACAGAGACUUCAACGCCUCACAAGUCGUCGAGCAAAUCCAAAGACGGGAGCAAGUCUAGCUCCAAACACAAAUCUGACAAGAAAUCUCACUCGUCCGACAAGAAGUCGUCGACCUCUGGUCGGCUGAGAACCUCCUCUGAGGACUCACGCUCGAGCAGCCCGAGUCUCUUCAAGAAGAAGAAAGACAAGCAGCACCGCCGCGAGGAGGGCGGUUCCGUGUCGGUAUCGGCCGCCACCGACGGCUCUCAGAUCAGCCCAAUGCCGAAGAUUCCCCCGCUGCGGAUCACCAAGAACAAGGACGAAGGGUACUCGGUGCAGGCCGGCCGGCUGGGCUCGCCGACCAAGGCCAUCACGGGUCCGCCGGCGCUGCUGGCGCUGCCGCCGGCGCCGUCCGCCGCGGCCGGAUCCCCUCCGCCGCAGCAGGCCUCCCCGCAGGCGCGGCCCAAGAAGAGCGAGUCGUUUUACAGCUUCGAGGUGGACGAGGCGGUUCACAUCCGCAACGGAGAGGACGGCCGGCCCAAGUUCGUCUGUGAUAUCUGUCAGACCAGCUACCAACGGCUGCAUAGUCUCAAACGGCACUACUACCGCACACACAUCAACCACAAGUACAUCCACGAGAGCGACAUGGCCAGCGCCGAGCUGACGGCCCUCGCAGACACCAGCGGCUUCAAGGAGGCCACAGAGCUGGCCGUGGGCUCGCGGCGGCCGUAUCUCUACUGCUGCUACCCGUGCCGUUCGCUGUAUGACUCCCUACCAGCUGUGGUUGAACACCACGCGGCCGCUCACACGGGCAAGACGCGCGAGGCGCCGAUCGGAAAACGGCUAGAAUGUGACAAGUGUGAUGAGACAUUCGCGACUAAGCGGGACCUGGAGAAGCACCGUGAGGUGCACGCGUGUAGCUCGUUCGCGUGCAAAUUCUGCGAUCAGGUGUUCCCGUGUGAGUCCGUCAAGAAGCGACACGAAAAGAUCCACAGCCGUGAGGCGCGACCGGCGGAGGCGGGCUCGGGUCAGACGAUCGCCAAAAUCAACUUUGGCGGUGUCAAGAUCAGCGUUGGUAUCGGGAACCUGCAGCAGCUGAAGAAGUUCCAGGAGGCGUGCAAGGAGGUCGCUAAAACGAGCAACGGAACCAUCAGUCUCGAGUCGGACGACCUGGAGGCGCUGGAGCGUCUCGAGGAUAAACCUGUCGGUGAGCGCUGCAUGUACCCCUGCAACGUGUGUGACAAAAGCUUCCCCACCUACAAACGCAUGUGCUGUCACAUGCGGAUGGCGCACCCGCAUAAGCCCGUGCCCGUGAAGGAGCACGCGCUGGUGGCCCGCCACCGCGAGCAGGGCGAGGGCGAGGUGGAACGGCAGCGUGCCGCCGACGAGUCGCUCUUCUACGCCGGCGUGCGGGAGAACGUGGCCGACAACCUCACCAACUACCUGGACGGCACGGAGGAGGUGCUGCGCCACCAGCCGCCGCGCCGCCGCUCCGUCGGGGAUGCCGAGAUGGCUCCGGACACCGAGCAGGCCGGCGCCGCCCGCUGUCUGGACGUGGCGUCAGGCCUGUGGGGCCGCCGGGCGGGCACCGCUCCGGCCGCGCCGCCGCCGCCGGCCGACCCCGUGCUGGCCGCGCUCGGUCUGUUCCCGGCGGCUCCACAGCCGCCGCCGAUGGUGGUGAAACAGGAGCCACUCGAACUGCCGCCGGCGGCCGCCUGCUACCGCGCCAUGCGAGAGCGGAUCAUGCAGAAGUCUGCGCCGCCCCCAACAGCGGCUACUGCGCCCGCGCCGGCAGCGGGGGGCGAGCCGGACGGCGACGAGACGAAACCGGCGGCAGAGGAGAGCGGGGAGGAGAAACCUACAGUGCCGACUCCACCAGCAGACACACCGGAGACAGUCACAGAAAACAUGGAGACAGAGGGAGCCCCGGACACUGAGGGAGCCCCGGAGACUGAGGGAGCCCCGGAGACUGAGGGAGCCCCGGAGUCUGAGGGAGCCCCGGAGACUGAGGGAGCCCCGGAGACUGAGGGAGCCCCGGAGUCUGAGGGAGCGGUCGGAGGCGAGCCGGACGAACAGGAGAGUCUCACUGGGGAGUGGGAGCGUCUCAUGUGUUUCGUCUGCCACGCCUGCGGUGCGGUGUUCGGUAGUCUGUACGAACUGGACGACCACAAGGCAUACCGUCACCCGCACGUGCUGUGCGGUCACACCAGUCUACCGGACGACCUGGAGCUCCUCUCCGAGAGCGUGUUCGGGCAGUAUGUCAGCGGCGUGUCGGCCGAGCGGGACAACCUCGACUUCCCCGUCGAGUGUGUCACGUGCGGCCGCAACUGCAACUCGCUGCCCGAGCUGCACCGGCACAUCCUCGAGUGCGCCGGCGACGCGGACUGGAACACGUGGACCACGCCGAGGAAGCGCAAGUGGCGCGGUUUCGGCGCGCGUCGCCGACGCCGGUUCCAGAGCCGGCGCGGAAUGAAGCGGAUCCUGACGACGCCGAGCCGACCCAAGCGGGAGAAACAGCCCAAACCCAAACAGAACAGAGACACCACGGCCGACACCAUCGAGAAGAUGCUGGCCAACCUGCCGGCCAAGCGGGUCUCCAAGCAGCUGUUCCCCAUGCUGAACCUGGUGCAGCUGCAGAAGCGCCAGCAGAAGCAGCCGUUCUCCGGUGGUGAGCCGGAGGCGGUGGCCGGUCCUAGCGGCCUGUCGGUGCGCACCUCGCGACGCCUGGCCGCCUCGGUCGAGGAGCCGCCGCCGCCGCCGCCGCCGCCCCCGCCGGAGUCGGCGGGCGGGUCGCGCGGCGGCGGACGGUCGCGGCGCAGCCGGCGCUCCAGUCCGGUUCUGGAGACGGACACGGACUCGACGCCGACGUCAGUGACCUCGGCGGAGCUGCCGACCGACUCUGAGCCGCCCUCGGAGCUGCCGAGCGCGGCGGCCUCGCCCAGGGAGAGCGGCUCGCAGACGGACGCCGACCGGGCGGCGGAGGGCGAGGACCCGGCGACUGCCGACUCAGCGCAGCCUUCACCGCCGUCAGAGUCUGUGGAUACUGUCGUAGAGGCAGAGCAGGGAGAGACUAACUCUGAGGGAGCGCCAGUGACUGUGAAGGUGGAGGGUGAGACGGAGCCGGCCGCGCCGCCGUCCGUGGACGCCAGCUCCACUGCGGACAGUGUCGAGUCGUCGGACGAUGUGGCGGUGACGGCUGUGACCGCGGCGGCGGCGGCAGCGGCGGCCGCCGCGCUGGUGACGGACGCUGAUGACGCCGGGACGGUCGAGGCGCCGGCGCCGGACGCUGUGAAAGUGACAGUGGAUGAUGGGUCGGCGGAUAGUGGUGCCGCCGAGCCAACUACUCAGGGAACGACGCCUUCUGAUCUCAGUGCUAGUGAAGGCAAGCUGAACGGUGAGGACACGGCGGCGGAGGCGACGAGCGUCGAUACAGACGCUGCCAAUGCAGUCGCUGUCUCCAGUCCGGCGCCGUCUGUCAGCUCCGUGGCCUCUGCGGCGCCCGCACAGACGCCGGGGGCGGCCAAAAAGGGGCGCCGCGUGCAGCCCGAGGGAGCGGCCGCAGCCAAAACUGCCAAACGGAAGGGCGAGGAGCCGGCGGGGCCGCCAGCGAAGGUGCGUACCAAGCAAACUCCUGGCAAGGGCAAGGCAGCUGGGAAGGCAGCGACCGCGGCUCAGAAAGAUGUCAAGGAGGGAGAGGAAGUGAAGAAGGAGCCUCAAGCCUCCGAGGAAGUGCAAGACGAGGCUGAGACCUCGCAAGAAGCUGCUAAAAUGCCCGCUAAAACGGCGGCCGCGGCCAAGAAGCCAGCAGGCACUCCGGUACGGAGCAAGAAGAAGGCUGCUGAUAAAUCGCCUCAGGGUGGUAAAGCCAAGAAGGCGAAGAAAGACAAAGAUGAUUCUGAGAAAGCAGCCACAGAAAAGGACGAAUCUACCCCAGGGGCAAAAGACGCCAAUACUCCCCAGAAGAAGGGCAAAUCGAAGGCUGCUGCCAAAGAAAAGACAGAAUCCGCUCAGGCUGCGACAACACCGGGCGAUGCGAAAGAAACCGACACGGAAGCUCCACCUAAGAAGACUCCCGCAAAGCGUAACCGAUUGACGACCAAGAAAGGUUCCACCAAGAAGGCAAAACAGGACGUGGCAGCCGCACCAUCUUCCGAAACUCCGAAAGACGAGCCGACCGUGGAAACCGCUUACUCAAUGGCGCCCCCGGCGGACGCAGAGACACCGUCCACUCCGGCCGCAGCAGACGCCAUGGAGACACGCUCAUCACGACCGGCGUCACCGGAAGUGACGGAACGCAGCCGGAAGCGGGCGCCUUCCGGUGACACCGGUGACGGCCGGAAGCGCAGCCGCCGUCUGAGCGCCGAGUCCCGUGCUGGGAGUGAUCUGGGGACCUCGGGCGCCGCCCGGGAGGCUGGAGACGACAUGUUCACAGUCUCCCUCACCACCGGCCGCACUCGGACCGUGUACACGUGCAAGAAGUGCUGCCAGAAGCUGUACCGUCUCUCUACGCUGGAGCGGCACAUUCAGAAGUGCUGCGAUCUGGCCGACUUCAGCCUGCGCUCGCUGAUGGACGCCGCCAGUCAGGCGGAGAGCGAGCUCGAGUGUCCGUUCUGCGCCAAACCGCAGGCGAGCUCUGACGAGCUGCAGCGGCACGUGGACGGCUGCCGGGAGGCGGAGGGCGCCCGGACACCGGUCGGAGAGUCGCAGGCGGACGCGCAGGAGACCAAGGAGGCAGCGAAGGAGCAGCAGGGGACGGAGGGAGAGACGCGGAAGGCGGCAGAGAAGCCGCAGAAGUCGGCGAAGGGGUCAAAGAAGGCGCAAAAAGACACGAAGAAGACUGCGAAAGGAGCGACCAAGUCGGCGACAGAGACUGACAAGGCCACGAAAGAGCCAGGGAAGCCACCGAAGGGAAAGAAGGCGGCGAAAGACGCUCAGAAGCCGGAAAAGGAGACCCAGAAGUCACCUAAGGAGUCGCCAAAAUCACCCAAGUCACCGAAAUCCCCUAAGGAAGCACCUAAAUCACCCAAGGACGCUCAAAAGUCGCCGAAAGGGUCACCGAAAUCACCCAAAUCACCGAAGGACUCGCAAAAACUGCCGAAGCCAUCACCCAAACCACUGACUGAACCUCUCACUGUGGAGCCUCCCGCGGACGAGCCUCUGUCUUUGAAGGAUCUCUCGCCGCGGGAACCGCCGACGCUGAAGGAGCCGUCACCGCCGCUUCGGGAGCCUCCGCCUCUGGAGCCUCCGACCCUGAAGGAGGAGAGACAGCUGGAACUGCCAGCUCUGACCCCGCCGGCUCUGGCGCCGCCCACCCUGGCUCCUCCGGCAAUGGCGGCACCGGUCCCGGCGCCGCCUGCCCUGGCGGCGCCGGCAGAACAGACACCGAGUGAGACGGCCAACGUCCAGACGGCUGAUGGGAAGGAGAUUAAACAGGAGAUGUCUGAUGGGAAUGAGAUUGAACAGGAGAUGCCGGCCGCGGCUCCUGCUGCCGUCCCAGCCCCAGUGCCGGCGCCGGUGUCGGUCCCGGCCGCGGAGCAGCUGUCCCCGGGAGCCCAGGAGGUCACCUCGUCCACGGACGGCGACCUCCCGGCCGAGACGGCUCCGUGCCCCGCCGACGAGCCCGUCUCCUCCACCGACCCCGUGACCUCGUCCCGAGCCGCCGAGCCGGGCCAGGAGCCUCCGCAGGCCGCCGAGACCGCGCGGCCGCCCCGCCGCGAGAUGACGUCUCCCGCUGCCGCCGGCCCGCCCAAGCCGCCGCCGGCCGGCGCCGCUCCGGCUGCCUUCCAGUGCAGCCGGUGUCAGAGACAUUUCUUAUCUGCAGCGCGGCUGACGGCGCACAAAAGUCGCGGCGGCUGUGAGCCCGUCCAGCGGCCUCGAGAGGAGCGGAUCAGCAAGAAGGAGAGUCUGUUCAGCCUGCUCCACAAUCUGAAGCGGGAGUUCCUGGCGGCUUCGCUGUCAGAGAUGAAGUCGAGCGUUGAGGCGACGGAUGCCAGUCUGGAGCAGAUCCAGCUCAUCUGGAGGAUUGUGGACAAGUUUAUCGGCUGCCUCUGCGACCGGGACACCGAGUGGGAGCACGAGAUGGACAAGAAGCGGUACCUGCGCGUGCGGCUGCUGCAGCGGGUGAAGGCGAUGGCUGUCGGACGGGACCGAGACAACGGCGAGGACAACAUGGACGCCGUGCUGCUCGGGCUCGACGAGCUGAUGCGCAACGACGACGUGCUGCGCUUCCUGCGCGAGGUGCAGGGCCGCUGCCGGCGCGACACGCACAUCGUCCAGAGCAUGGAGCGCGAGGGCCUGUUCGGGUUCGGCGCGCGCGCCGCCGACAAGCGGCUCUGGGGCGCCGAGGACGGUCACCGGGCGGUCCCGGCGGCGGCCGGAGAGGAGCUGGGCGCCCCGCGCAGUCCGCGCCGGCCCCACUGUCCGCCGCAGCGCAACCGCAGCCCGCGGCCGGCCAGCGUCAUAGAGACCAUGCGGAACAACUUCAACCAGGGCCAGGACGGCGGCGCGAGCGGCGGCGCGCCACCGCCGCCGCCACCCGCGCCCGAGCUGCCGGUGGACUACUACGACUACCCGCCGCCGCCGCCGCCCGGGGCGGGUGAGGAGUUCCUGUGCGGUCCGCCGCCGCCGGCCGACUCUGCGCCCCUGCCGCCGGUGCGGACUCUGAUGGCCGAACAGGCCAGCUCGUCAGGACUGGGCUACAUCAUGAGCACUGUGAACUCUGUGCUGGAUGACGACAACAGUAACUUGAGUGUGACCUCGUCGGCCGCCUCUCUGGGCGCCGCCGAUACCCGGGAGGGUUUUCCCGCCGCCGGGCCGACGGAUUUUACCAUGGAGCCGGCACUGCAGCAGGCCAUGGGUAUCACCGACGAGGAGAUGACCAUGCUCGAACAACUCGGCUCCUGCAACAAGGCCGAGCUCGUCUACGACAGCGGCUCGGCAGACGGACAGCUGCCUCCGCCGCCGCCGCCGCCGCCGCCCGCGCCGUCCGCGCUGCCGCCGCCGCCGCCGCCCCCGCCGGCAGCGGCCGUGGCGGCGGCGUCGGACGCGACGACGGCAGCCGAGCGGCGACGGGAGGAGGACAUUGGAGGCGAGUUCGAGUGCCCGAUCUGUGACCGGCGGUUCCGCGGCCGCGCCUCCGUCCGCCAGCACCUCAUGUGGCAGCACCGCGCAUCGCAGGGCAAAGUGGCGCGCAAAAUCGAACACCUUGUGCCCAUUCAGAUUAUCCCGGCCAGCCAGCGGAACCAGGCGUGUUUCGUGUGCGGUGAGCUGAUUCGUGACCCGCUGCACCUGAACUUACACAUCGCGCGGCAGCACAUCCGACGCCCCCAGCCGGGUGCCGACCGGAGCGGGCUCAAAUCGCAGAUGACCUCUGCGCUGGGUGGUCUGUUCGACCGGGCCAUCACCAACAUGCUCGGCAAGAGCAAGAUCUCCAAGAGCAAGGGCAGCUCGGACGCCAAGAGCUCCCCUCAGAGCACGGGUCGGUCGUCUCCUGCCGGUGGCGCCGGACCGUCGGCGGCGGACGCCGCGGCCUCGCCCGCCUCUGUCCCCGCGGGCGGAGCGGUGACGUACCCGCUGGCCGUGGGCCGCCUGGACAGCUCCAGUCCGACCAACCAGCCGUACGCGUGCCGGCUCUGCGACGAACGAUUCAAGCAGGCAAGCGGCCUGGGUCGUCACAUCGCCUCGGCGCACAAGCACGUCAAAAUCAACCUGUCCGACCUGGGUGACGUCAAAAAGUGUCCGCUGUGUGACGUCAUAUUCGAGAACAUGGCGUCGGUGGCGCUGCACGCGCAGCUGGCGCACAAGGAGGCCGGCGUCAGCCGGCGCGAUAUCAUCGCGCUGGCGCUGCAGAAGGACCAGGACUCGGCCUCCAGUCUGGUUCAGUGCCCGGUCUGCGGCGACAGCUAUCCGAUCUCUGGCUCUGCCGGCCUCACCCGGCACAUGGCGCAGACACACAAACACUGGCGGCUGGCGCUCGAUGUGGUCGACGGAGAGAUCAAGUUCGUGUGCCACUGUCUGAGCGACCUGAGCGGCGCGCCGCCGCUCGUCAAACCGGUCAUCAUUAAAACUCUGCGGGAGGACAAAACGGACGACUCCCGUACCCUGGAGGAGUACUCCCGGCCCGGAGCGGCAGCGGGACGCGCCGCCUCCGCUGGAGGUCCUCCCGGAAAGGCAUCUCCGGCGCCCACGGACGAGGUCGAGAGCCCCUCUCUGCUCGACAUCUCCAACUACACGCCGACCAAGCCGGGCCCGUCCCAGCCUGCUGCUACCUCUGGGGCCGCCCCGGACGCCGCGGCGGCUGACAGGGCGCCCUCAGAGGCCGGUUCGGAGGAUACUGCGGCGGCGCCGGCAACGGCGGAGGACGGGGAAGGCGACUUCAUGUGUUCAGAAGCUGAUUGGGCCAGUCUGGAGUUUUCUGACACUAACAGCAACGCUAGCGGAGCCAGUGAGAUAAACAACUUCUCUUGCUCAGAGUGCGGUAUCAGCUUCUGCACGCCGCAGAAGGUUGUGGCUCACAUGGAGAGCGAACAUCCACUCAACUCGGCCACUGUCACUGUGCCUGGACUGGAGGAUACGCGGUCGGAGGCCUCCGAGGAGGACGGGGACUCGGACAGUAAGCUGCUCUCCGAGCUGGUCGAGGCCCAUCCGUACGGCUCGGCGCUGGCCGAGCUGGCGCGGCAGCUCAAACAGGCGGACCGGCUGGCCUCGCCGAGCUCCCGCCGCCAGCCGCUCUCCGACGAGCAGCUCCAAAAGUGCCUCCAGCUCACCUCACGGAUGCGCAAAGGAGGCGUGUCGCGCCCGGCGACCGCCCGCGUGCCGCGGCGCACCGGCUCCGGCACCAUCGAGGGGAGCUCCUCUCGCGUGGAGCGCGUCGACCGCGCGUCAAGUCUGAAGAUCAUGAGCAUGCUGCAGCGCGUGGAGCGUCGGCCGGGCCGGCGCGUGGCCGCUGAGCAGCCGGACGACCCGCCGGCCGACCCGUACCAGUUCACGGAGGACGGGGAGCCCCGUCGGCCGGCCGUGGUGCGCACAUACGCCCGCAGUCGGCUGCCGGGCAGCGCCAAAAGCACCACACCGGCGGCGGUGACCAGGACGCCGCCGACGCCCCGCAGGGAUAUCGCCAAACCGACCCAGAUUCUAGAGUCGAUGAAACAGAACUUCAACGAGCCGACGAUGCCCGCCGCACCGAUGACGCUUGGGAGUGAGGUGGGUGAACCGACGCCAACCCCGACCUCGACACCGUUGGCUGCGACGGGGGAGGGUUUAGAGGUGAAGACUGAGAAAGCGGAAACCAAGGAGCGCCGCUCACCGACCAAGCGAGUGCGGCCCAAGAAACCAGUGACGGAUGAUGGGGAUCUGGACCGGGUAAUCGAGGAGGUGAUCCGCUCCUGUGCGGUGGAGGAGGGGGGAGACGCCAGUCAGGAGGCGUCCCAAACGCCGGCCGCGCCGGCGGAGAAGGCGACUGACGGCUCAGAACCUCCCACAGCAGCCGCUAGCGACGCAGCAAAGGCGAGGCUCGAAGCUCCAGUUAAGGAGACGGAGAGCUCCAGCAAAGAUGAGGCGACUCACAAAGAUGAUGGUGCAAUCUCGGACUCUGAAAAAGCCGAUAGCGCGUCAAGUAAAUCGGUGAAAGAUGUGACGAACGGUGGUGCAGCGGGUGCCAGUGAAAGUGACGCGGGUGUGACAACAGCGACGGUGACGGCGACGGCGGGGUCGCCGGGAGAGGGUGAGAGCUCGACCUCGACCGUCGCCGACUCGGACUCCAAACCGGACCCGCCGCGGCCGAGGCCGAAGCCGGUGGCGCGGCCGGUGCCGGCCCCAGCUCGGAUACCGAGCGAUGUCGAGGCCCAGCUGGCCGACUGGGACGCGUAGUGAGGCCGCCGCCGCCGCCGGCGCUGGGCGGCACACAGCGCACCCACCCAUCACAGUCUUUCCAUGCGCCGCGCGCGCAGCCGCCACCGCCUCUAGGGCCACCGCCCGCCAGCCGGGCACAGGGUAACUACUAGAACGAGCUGCUUGCUGAAGUAGCAGGCAUCACACUCAGCACACGUCUUUGUCGGUGCUGUGAAGUGGAGGAAGUGUGAGGAAUUUUGCCGAACGUUGCCGCUCCGUUCUCUUUCGGUGUGAAUGUGGUGUGUUUGUUAGCAUGAAUUCGAAUGUGUUUGAACUUUUGUAGCGACCUGUAAUCACGAGUGUAUCUCUUGUACUGUCCUGUCGUUUUGGGAGCGUUUUCCAGUUGGGCACGGACGGAGCUCCGCUCACGGCGCCGGUCCGCCCCGUCAGGUGUAGAAUUUGUGAUAUAUCUGCGCGCCGCGCCAUACCGGUAGUUCAGACGCCGCGCACUGCGCGCGCGCGCGGUGUCCCAAUACAUAUCUAGUCGGGCGGGCGGCACUGCGCCCGGUGCAGGGGCGCAGCGCCGCCGCCCCGCCCGCCGCCGCCGGUUGAAGGUGUGUGACAAUGUGCAUGAUGUAAUCUGAUCGUGGGCCCGCGCCGGCCCGUCGUGGCAUUCAAUAUAUACUAUUCUUAUGUA